AUGGGUAGGAAUAGAAUAAAUCGAAACAGAUCUUUGGAUGGUCGUGGUGCUACAGGCACAAGUCACUUAAAUACAUCGCUGGAAUCAAAGUCAAGGUCCAGGUCUACUUCAAGAUCGACAUUUUCCAUUAGCUCCAGGUCUAGGUCUUCUACAACCACGUCGUUCUUGAACUUUAUUUCAAAUGGAAGCCAUACGUCGCAUCAGCUGCCAUCGAAUGGGAGAAAUAGAGAUAAAAUAUUCUCACUUUAUAGACUACUAAAGCUAGAAUUAAAUUUGCCAGACGAGGGUAAUUCUACAUCAACACGAUCGAACAUACCUCCAAAGGAUGAGGUUGAUAGUUCAUACGAGGAAAUAUCAAAUUUAGUAAAAGUACCGUUGGCGUUGGAACGUUUCAUGAUUUUUGGUCUUUUGGUGUGCUUAAACUCAUUCUUAACAUUAUUUACAUUGGUACCACUUAAGAUUUUGAUUCUAAGCUAUAAGGCAGCGUCUGAAUCUAUAAUUUAUUUUAAGGUUCACCGCAGAUUGAGCUUGGAAAUAGUCUACAAUAAAUUUCGUUGGAUCAAGAGAGAUGUUAUAACUCUUGCAAUUUUGAUUCUAUCUUUUUCCAUGCUUUCCUUGCCGAACUUAGAUAUAUCUAGAAUGUAUCAUGAUGUGAGAGGACAAGCCGACAUUAAAUUAUAUGUUAUGUUUGGGGUAUUGGAAGUGGCCGAUAAGCUCUGUUCGUCCAUAGGCCAAGAUAUACUAAACAUUUUGUACAAAAUACCAAUCACGCCAACUAGAAACAAGGCCUGGAUAAAGUUUGCCAUAUUUUUUACUUUUUCUAUACUAUACUUAUCGUUGCAUUCGUAUAUUCUUAUUUAUCAGACUGUCUCGUUAAAUGUUGCAGCCAAUUCAUAUUCCAACGCAUUAUUAACACUUUUAUUGUCGAAUCAAUUUGCAGAAUUAAAAGGAUCAGUCUUCAAAAAGUUCGAGAGAGAAGGCUUAUUUCAGAUAACUAUGUCAGACUUAACAGAGAGGUUCCAACUAUCACUCAUGUUAGGUAUUAUUGCAUUGCGCAAUUUAUUACAAUUGAAUAGUAUUCAUAUGGGAAUUAUACCAAACAGUUGGAAAAGUUGGAACAAUUGGUUUGGUGCUCUUUUCGGCCCAAGCAUAGUGGUUAUUGGAAGUGAAAUAUUUGUCGAUUGGCUCAAACAUUGUUAUAUUACUAAAUUUAACAGAGUUAGACCGAGAAUUUAUGGCAAUUUUCUAUACGUGCUAAGUUUGGACUAUAUCCAAGUAUUCAAAUCCACAUCAAAUUCCAAUAUUAAUGACCUGUCCGAACUAACAGAUUACAUUGUUUUGACUAAACGUAUUGGGCUACCAUUAUUGGCAUCAAUUGUUUGCUUUCUUCGUAUGACAUUUCCGGAUCUCAAGCAAUUGUUUUUUUUUCAAGCUACAAACACAUUUGUUUAUUCGCUCAUUAUAAGCUUAAUGUUAAUUUUGAUAACCUUCUUUACGCUAAUGUUCAUUAGAUUAAUGCUUGGGUUGGUGAUUUUGAAAUGGGCUAAUAGAAUUAGAAAAGAACAUAAGGAACACCAGGCUUGGUUACGUGAAGAAUCCUCAAGAAUUAAUACAACGAAUAAUCUGAAAACAGCUAAGAUUGAGGAUUUUUCAUUAUCACCUCAAUUGGUUUCUUCAAUAGUUGAUACAGAUAUUGCUCCUACAAAUAUUGAGAGUGAUAUAUUAUCUCCCAGUUUGAAUAAUCAAGAUUCAAGUCCUAAUUCGCUGACUCCAACAUUGCCACUAUUUGAUCUUGAAACCCCAUCACCGAAAGCAUCAGAAGACAUAUCAAAAAAUUUACCAUCUCCCAAGUCGCCUAUAGAAUUAUCUUAUAUUCCAGGAGUCCCUAAUACGGAAGCUUCGUCCAUUAAUCCAAGUACACGCUCUUAUUUGUACGAUUUUGGUGAAAAGGUUCCACCAACUAUAGAAGAAAGAAGAAACCAACAAUUAAUGAAUCAAGAAUCAAAACAGAAUGAUCUUGAUUUUAACGAUGAUGAAGGGUUAGGUAAGGUAAUGAGGUACGAAAUGUCUAGCAAACGCAUCUGGUAG